AUUAUAUAUUAAUCUUUUGUCCGUAUAAUUACGCUUUUUCCGAAUCUCAUUUGUUGCCUAUGGCCUUCCCCAGAGUGUGCCUGCAUUCGAAAAUUAGACUUCACAGCCUGUGAGAUUAUGAGAAUCAUUUCUUCCAUGGGAGAACUCGCAUUGAUUCUGUAAGUGGAUUGUUUGUUUGUCACAGUUUAAUUGCCAGUCGACAGUCGUGGAUAUAUUCAUACGGGUGGUUUGACAAAUGAAGUUAUUUACUAGUAGCACUCUACGUGUUUGUUGAAUUGUCUGAAUGGCUUUCUAUUCUUGCCUCCUUCAUUGCCACACUUUUACUCUCCCCCACACUCCAGACCUCCCACCUCUUUCUCCCUCAUCCAAACCCCUCAAACCCAUUUGCAGCACACCCCAUAGAGAACUGCUCACUUCAAUCUCAGCCUCAACCUCGCCUUCUCUCUCUACCCUUUCUCCCUCCCCACCACACAAACUCCCACCAGACUUCACACCAAAGCAGCUCCUCGAUGCCAUCCGCCAACAAAAUGAUGAAACCUCCGCGCUUAACCUCUUCUAUUGGGCCUCCAUACACCCCAAUUUCAAACCAACUUUGCCCAUUUACGAGGAAAUCAUUCAAAAGCUUGGACAUGUCGGAUCAUUCGAUUCAAUGGAGCAAAUCUUGGAGGAUAUGAGGGUUUCCAAUUGCUGGCCCACUGAUGGUACUUUUAAAAUUUUCAUUGAGAAUUAUGCGAAAAGCGAUUUGUAUGAUGAAGCUAUUGGUGUCCUUGAUACUAUGGAACAAGUAUUUCAGGUGAAACCGGGGAGGUUUAGUUAUAACUUCCUGUUAAAUGUUCUUGUUGAUGGAAAAAAGUUCAAACUGGUGGAAAGUGUUUGCUCCAUGAUGUUUACUAGAGGAGUUAAACCUGAUGUUUCGACGUUCAAUAUUGUGAUAAAGGCUCUGUGUAAAUCCCAUCAAACUAGGUCUGCUAUUUCAAUGAUCGAAGAUAUGUCUAACUACGGUUUGGCACCAGAUGACAUAACAUAUACCACCAUCAUGAAAGGAUAUAUUGAGGAAGGGAAUUUGGAGACUGCGCUUAGAAUCAAGGAGGAAAUGAUAGCAGCUCAAUGCCCGCUGAGCAAAGUAACUGUUGAUGUUUUGAUUCGUGGGUAUUGUAAAGAGGGUAGAAUUGAGGAAGCUUUGAAUUUUGCAGAAGAGAUGUGGGUUGAAGGAUUUCGUCCCGAUCAAUUUACUUUUAAUUGUUUAGUGCUUGGUUUGUGGAAGUCUGGACAUGUUAAGCAAGCUUUAGAGCUUUUCGAUUUAAUGCUUCAGGAGGGGUUCGAUCCACAUAUCCUCACGUAUAACACUUUGAUAUCUGGACUGUGUAAAUCUGGUCAAGUUGAUGAAGCCGUAGAAGUUCUCAAUAAGAUGAUUUCAAGGGAUUGUUCCCCUGAUACAGUGACAUAUAACACUCUGAUUAGCAACUUGUGCAAGGAGCAACAAAUGGAACAAGCCAUUGAAAUUGCUUGUAUUAUGACAGACAAGGGAAUUCUACCUGAUGUUCGUACGUUUAAUUCCCUCAUACGAGGGCUCUGCUUGACGAAGAAUCACAAUUUGGCAAUUGACUUGUUCCAUGGAAUGAAAAACUAUGGGUGCCGGCCUAAUGAUUACACAUACAAUAUCUUAAUCAACAGUCUUAGUUCAAGCGGAAAAAUAGACAGAGCUUUGGGUAUAUUAAAGGAUAUGGAAUCAAGUGGCUGCGCACGAGAUGUAGUGACAUAUACCACUUUGAUAGCCGGAUUUUGCAGAAACAAAAAGAUUGAACAAGCGGAGGAGAUUUUUUAUCAAAUGAACCUACAGGGUGUUCCAAGAGAUAAGGUGGCUUAUAACUGCCUAAUUGAUGGCCUUUGUAUGAGUAAGAGAAUGGAGAAGGCCACGGAGAUUAUGGAUCAGAUGAUACUGGAAGGACUUCAACCCGAUGGUUUCACCUACGGAAGCCUAAUAAAGGGAUGGUGUAAUAUGGGUAUACCUGAGAAUGCAAGUAGGCUCCUCAGAACUAUCGAGACGAAAGGAAUGGUUCUCACACCACAAACCUAUAACCCCUUGAUCCAAGCGUUCUUCCAACUGAAGAGAACGAAAGAAGCCAUGAGACUGUUUAGAGAAAUGGAAGCAAAGGGUACCCCUCCGGAUGCCAUUUCAUAUAGAACUGUUUUUCGGGGACUUUGUUCGGGCGGUGGACCUAUUGGAGAGGCCGUCGAUUUCUUAGUUGAAAUGACUGAGAAAAGAUUUAUGCCAGACUCCUCUUCUUUUUAUAUGCUGGCUGAUGGGCUUUGUUGUUUAUCCAUGGAGAACACUUUAGCUAUGGUUGUUGAAAGGAUUAUGAAGAUGGACUUCUUCUCCGAAAAUGAGGUGUCUACGAUCAGGGCGUUGAUGAAAAUCCAUAAAUUUCAAGAUGCAUUUGCCGCGAUUGGUAGGAUUUCGCAGAGGAGAAAUCCCAAGAGACGUUACUAGUGAAGAUUGAAGCUGGGAAACCUGGAGUGGAAGAUACAGCUUGCAUUUCUGUUUGUUUCUAAUGGUGGAAUACGGCAAGGGGAAUGGUGUGUUGGGGAUCAACAGGUUUCGGAGAUCCAUUAAUAAUCAGUUGUAUUAGAGCUGCUUUUUUAGGCACUGGCCUCCAAUGUGACUUUUGUCUAAAUUCAGCUUCAGUUUCUUUUCCCCUCGAGCAAUGGAAUUUUAGUUACUUCUCUUGAGGUACAUUCUUCUAAUACCUGAACCAUAUGACUAUAUGUCAAGUGAUAUAAUAGGUGAUAUGGUUAAUGAACGAUUCCCAUAAUUAGGAACGAGCCCUUUUGUUCUUGUGGAAGCAGAUGCGACGCCACACUUCUUGAUGUAAGGUCGGCUGAUGCCACACUUGUGUAUUGCUCAAAUCAGUUUCAUUUGCAGAGUAGAAAGCGAAUCGGAGACGCAUGUUCAUUGAAAGGGUCAGAUGUAAUAUGUUCAAAAAUUAGGUCUUCAUGUUCAUUGGUUAUUGUUGUUUUGAACUGA